CACAUGAAAGCCUACACUGCAUGCAAAAAUUCCACCUGAUCCGCACUUCUUCGGGAUUUUGAAGUUUGGAACACUUCUCGACAACUGAGCUUUGAAAGUUUGCAGUUUUCAACUUUUCAUAUUUCGAAAGCCCAAUAAUAACUGAAUUGUUUAUGGAUUGCAAUGGCAAGAUGUGUGCUAUUGAAUUAAUAUCGUUCGAUUUGAUCUAUUGUCUGAAAGUUCUGAGUCUUGUGUUGUUAAGUUUAUUACGAGAAAUCACCGGUCAUAUGCGCGGUAAGAAUGCUGCCAACGGGAAAGCCUCUCUUCGUGCUGCUGCUCGUGACGGGCGUCCUCAUCCCAGGGAUCAAUGUCAUUGUCACCAGCGCCAACGAUGCCACUACCACGUCCGGCGCAGUGUGUACGGCAGCCAGAAACAACAGCUGCGCGGAAAAACACAGCAGUCUGCCGGCGGGAAUCUACACCAUACCGGAUCGAAUAGACUUUGGCUCAAUGACUCUUGGUCAAGUUGUUGUGCGGCAUUUGCAGCUCCAUUCGCCCAACAGUGUAGCGAAGUUAAGAAAAGCUGUACCGUCGGAUCCAGCGAUGAUCUACGUAAUAUCGACCGAGACUAUGGAAGAUGGUGCGCCAUUUCAUAAAAUCAGGAUAGCCAUGGUUCCGAAGAUUAUAGGAAUUAUUGACACCAUGCUCGUGAUUUUCACGAGCUUUGGUCACAUUCCUGUGCCGGUCACGGCGCAAGUUUCGCCAAGCCAUUUUAGAGUCUUCCCUAUAGAGCAUCCUCGCUUACCAAUUUGGACCAAUUAUUCCACCGAUAUCGUGUUAUUUAAUCCCUUUGAUACGACGCUCUUAGUUAGCAAAGUGUACUCCAGUGGAGGACCGUUUCACCUCUUCCUUCCGGAAACGUUACAUUUGCCCACAAACCAGAGGUUCAUACCUAAAAAGAAAAGCUUUUGGGAGAUACCCGGAUUUGAGUCUCGUGUGAUAGCAUCGUUAUUUAUUGAACCGAUGCAGGCCUUCCGUGAGCAGACUUUUGUACGCGUGAAAUUCAACGAUACGGAUCACGGAGAAUUGUUUCUCCCAAUUGAUGUCAAUGUAUGGGAAGGAAGCGGUUUAUAUGCCGUUGAUGGUGUGUUGCAUUUCGGUGUGAGAAGAUUCAAUAAUGGACCAAUUUUUCUGCCUUUAAAGCUGCGCUUGACAGAGAAUGCUGCAGCUGUGUACAUUGAUGAUAUUAUUGAUGCCUCAUCGAAUGCUGGUGUUAAUAUUACCAUUGUGCAAAGGCAUGUGAUUGACUACCUUGGAGAUACGGUUGUAGCCAACGUGUCGCUAACCGUGUCAGAGCAUCAUAAAUCUGGAAUUGUAAAUGGGAAUGUAGUUGUCAAAUCCAGUUCUGGAGAGUUUGUUGUACCAUAUCGUGCUUUUGUUGUUGUUGGGGAUAUUAUUCCUUCCAAAGAUACUAAUUUAUGGCAUUUAUCUGCAAAUUUGAUGGAUGCGAGCGUGGAGACACUGUAUAUAAAGAAUGGAUUUACAACGCCUGUUACAUUUUUAAAAAUUCUUGUUACCCAAAACGCGGCUUUCUCUUCUGUAGAGUUGAUCGAAUCUGCAGCUCCAAAGACGAUUCUUCCAGGCGAAGAAUGCGCGGUUGGCAAUUUUCGGGUGGUUGUUCAUUCUCGGAUUACCCAUACUGUGAUAGUGAGGCUGAUUACCACGUUAUCUGUGUUUGAAAUUCCUGUAACUUUGUACACGGGGGAUUUGUGGGUGGAUCUUUCCAAAAUGUUGGAUGUCAUCCAUGACGGAAUCGUCAGUGGUGAAAAUUAUGAUCGACAAAUUUGGAUACAUAAUACGAAUCCUGUUCCGGUUUCCGUUCAAGUACAAAGACUGCAGUCCGACUGUAUGCGUGUAAUCAGAGUAGCAUUUUGCGACGCACCUGAUCAGUGCACAAAGACUGCACAGUUCGUGAACAGCUCGGGCACUAUUAGAAACGGCUCUGCAUUGCGGUUGGAUGUUUCGAUUGAGUCACCGAUUCUGGAAGGGCAUUGUGAAGGCAAUCUGGUUCUCAAAACUCCUUUUCAGACGCUAAUCACCAAAUUGGAUACUGCUGUCUAUCCCGGUCGUAUCGAGUUGUACGGCCCUGAAACUCCGGUUAUUGUGGAGGACAUAUUUCCCUCCAGUUAUGCGCAAAGAAAUCUGACGGUGUUCAGCACUUUCGAAAAGUCCAUUGACAUUUUAAACAUAUUCAGCGAGGAAUUCCCCCAGUUGAAAAUGGUUCCAGCCUUGGACGGAAUCCAAAUUGAUCCGAAAACUGGAUUAAGUUUCGAUACGUUCACCUUCGAUGCCCGUGAUCUAUGCCAGCAGUUGCCCGGCUUGUGUUACGUUGGGUUUAAUCUGGAAUCGGCUUGUGAAAGAACCGAGACAUGGAAACGUCCAUUUCGGAUAAUUAAUUACAGCUCAGUGGAAAUCGAUCGAAGAUUUCGUGAACGUCAAAGAACGCUGUGGAAUAAUAUCAGUGGCGGAAAUGAUAGCUUCCAAAUUGAUACCAGUGUAAAGGUGACGACCGUGCAGAAUUAUGCCUUCCAGCUGCCAAUUACGCUGAAAUUCAUCUGGCCUCCUUCGUUAAUAUCCCUGUCAGCUGAGCGCUUUGAAUUUCCUCUACUGAGCAUUGGGAAUUCAUCGGAACUGGAUGUGGAAGUAGUUAAUCCCUCCUACAAUGCGCUGUUUGUCCACGCGUACGUUUUCAAAGACGAUAAGUCUCAACUGUGGAACCGGGAUAUAUUUUACGUCAAAUCCAUUGUGCCGAAAGGGACUACCACUGGUUUCUAUGGAAUUGACGACGAACGAUUACCGACGAGUGUUCGAAUGCCAGCACCGACACGGGGAACUGCGGCCUUGGUCAUUCCUCCUCGCGGCAAUUUUCUUGUGCGAAUUGCCUUUCAACCACAAGCAGAAACCUGCUACAAUGCGCUUUUGUACAUUAGAAAUAAUUUGACCGUUGUGGAAACUGUUAACAUCCAUGGUUGUGGCGUGGAACCGAAUGUACGAAUAUCCAGUGAAAAUAUUUCAUCGGAAACAAAAGACUUAUCAAUUUUGUUUACUGCUGUCGAUGCUGUGUACUGCCGCAACAAGUCUCCUAUAAAUGGUGAUCGGAAGCAGAUUCGGCGCAUUGGGAAAAUGAUUAUUCACAAUCCCACUGGUGCCUACGUUGCUGUUGACAAGGUGAUGAUAGACGAGACUGACUGGUAUCACAAAAGCUUUGCUGUUUUGGACAGUGGACCUUUUAUCGUCCCGCCGAAAAAAUCAAGAAAGGUGUCGGUUGAGUUUAAUCCCGAUUUUGGAGUGCAUUUGAAAACUGCAAAAGCCGUCGUGUUCCUUCGAGACCGGAGUGAACCAGUGUACUUUCAAAUAACUGGAGAAGUUGAUGCCCGCGCCGCUAAGCUAUGUCGCAGUGUGUUCGGCCGAAGUGAACGUGAUAUCUGGAUUCGUUACAUUCUGUUUACCAAGCGUUGGGGAUGGACAUUCUAUUUUAUACCACUUAUUUUGUUGGGAUUUUAUGUCCUUUAUAUUCGAAAAUGGUAUACGAGACGAUUGAGGGACCAGUUCAUUCGAAGAUUCACCGUCCAAUUCACUCAGGAAAGGCGGAAAUCCGAGGGCAGUACGAAACCAAAGGUCACAUGUGGCUUGAAACCAAGUGAUUUUGGAUGCGGAGAGUCACGUCAGUCUGAUUAUGGAACUGUAACUAAGCGAAAGACAAAUCGAUGCCGGGAAGGCGGAACGCUACGAGAAACAAGCGAAUCACCGUCCAAGCCAGGUGCGCAAUCAUUUAGAUCGCUGCGCCAGUUGAUCGAAAGCGAGAUUCCGGAGGAUUUAUGGGAAUUAUGCGCCGUUGCGUAUUACGCGUCCAGUCCCGUAACCUAUGUGAUAAAUUUUCGCUUUCCGCAACGUUCAAAGUAUCGGGUUUUUUUUCUACUGGAAACUGUGGCUUGGCCAGCACGCGGUCUAUUUUGGAUUGUUUCUCGGGCAGUGCAGUGGUUAUUAGCAGCCUUCGGUUAUAGAUUACAGAGUUCCGAUAGUACGGAGUUUGACACACCAUUAAUUUUCGAUAAAUAUAUGGAAAACGGAACAGUAUCCAAGGCCUAUCCUUUGGCUGUGUUUGGUUGGAUAUUUUUUUGGAACUGGAAUUUUUCCCGGUGGUUCUGUGCCAUUUUUCGGUGGAAUAAGACCAUGUCCGAACCAGUCGUGGAGGUCGCUUUCAACGUGAACGUGGUCGAGUCUGUUGAGAACAUUGCGGAAGUUGUUGCAUUGAAACCUGAUAUUUUGGGGAAAGUGAAAGAGCGAGUAAAAGCUUUGAAUUCAGACAUCACAGAACACGCAAUAUCUGGCAGCUCCUGGUCUAAUCCGGAAACGGUAGAUGAAGGUAUCUGCUCGGGUUCCGAGAGCAAGAAUAGAUCAAUGGAUGUUUUUGCUGACUACAGCAAACGAGAUGUUGCGCAACAGCAGCUAGUAUCAUCCAGUCGUGGUGUUGAUUCCCCUCGGCCGACUUCCUCACGGGAAUCUAGUGUGGAUGACGAGUUGCGCAAAAGCUGUGAUGAAACAGACCGCGCCGCAUCCCCCGAUGGUGGGAAUGGCUUUAAAACCGCCCGGAAAAUGCGACGCAGACAGCUGCUUUUGGCCAAACGGGAAGCGGAUAAAGCUGCAAAAUUAGCAAAAAACUACAAUAAAGCUCAACGAAAAGCCGAGGAGCGGAAGCUUUUAGAUGCCAAAGCCCAACGCAUUUUAGCGGUGGAGGACGGUGAGGUCACCGGUGGGGCUGAUAGCGAAUUUGACACGGAUCGUGAGCGGAAUUUAGCCGCCAAGCGCCGUGCCAAACAAGAAGCAGAAAAGAUCGCGGCAAAAUUAGCGGAAAGGAAGAAGUUUCCGACCAUGGCACGGGUGGUCUCACCUAGUUUUGAUAUCAACCACCAUCAUCCCCACCACAAUAACCGCCCAGUGACGUAUCCACCGCAGUGUGACGUUAUUCAACACGCUUUCUAUCGAGUGGAGCCGAAAGAAAAUGGUCUGAUGUUUACGGAAAUGAAUCGUGAUCAGUCUCUGCAGCUGGUCAAACAAUUGAAACGAGAUCACCCAAAUUUGUUCACGUUGGAUCCGAAGACCGCGGUGGAUUUAUUGAUCGAAAGCACGAAAACGAAUCGAUACCGCAUUGAUGGCGAUUAUGUUGAUCUGGCUAAAAAAUCCAACGUAAUUGGUUAUACCAGUACAAACAGAAGGCGUUCUCAAGAGGCUGGCAAAUCGCUGCUAAAACAGCAGCCGGUGUAUUCCAGUAUUAGAAGAGCAUCGCCACCCAACCCGUGGAAUACCAGUGUAGGUAGCACGGCAUCACUGCAUUCGAAGCCACUAAUCGACGAUCGGUGGUCGGGUUCUCAGUCGCCAAAUGGUUCGGAUAACGGUAGUUGGGAAUUCAGUCGGGCCGACAGUCGAUUAUCACCGCUGUCCGUGACCUAUGCCGAUGUUGCCGGUACUAACAACCAUCAGCCUUUGUCACGUAAAUCAUCCAACGAUAAUUCCAUUCGCAAUACCGCUUCCCCUUGGCGCUCCUCCCAUACACCAUCCGGCACCGAGAUCGCUACGUCGGGUGCCCGUUUUAUGAUUACAGCCAAGGACCCGGUCCUAGAAUGUGCACCAAAUGUGUCAGCGCUAGUCAGCUGUCUGGACGAUUUUGAUAUGAGUAGCGAUCUGGCUGACUUCGAUAGCCGACUGGAACAAAAAUUCGGCAAGAAAGCGAAUGGCAAAGGUAAAGGAGGGAAAGAAAAGGACUUAACGAAAAAAGAAGCAAACAAAAGAGUGGAUAGCAGUCAUCAGCCUGUGAAAAGCACUACGGCAUUCAGUUUGGGAGCAGAUCCCCAAUCCGUAUGGUUGGAUGGAACUGAGAAGGAUAAUGCAAAACUAACCUCUGGUACAUGGGAAAGUGAUUUGUCUGCUGUGUGGCAGACAAGUAUUAGCAGUCCAUUUGAGUCGUGGCAUGCCAGUGAUAUUACUUUGGAUUGCGAAAUUCGACCUUUCACAUGGAAUAAAUCCGACACUACGAAAUCUGAAAUUCUGUCGACUUUGGAUGAAUCAAAAUCCAGCGCCAAGGAUUACUGGUCCCAGUCAGUGUGGAACACAUCAUCGUUUUUCCUCGCGGAUGAGAACGAUAAAGCCAGUGAUGAAACCGCGAACAGUCAACAACAGACAAAAAUCGGUGUGAUCGGAGACUGUCUUAAGAACCCGAAAUAAAACUGAAUAUGUCGUCGUGCCGGUAGUGCGACCGUUGUGUACUAUAGCGUCCCUUACGGAAUCCGAGAACGGAGAAGUUGUUUAUUUUACAGAUUUGAAUGUUUUAUUUGACCACUUGGAAGCUGCGGCUUCUCUUUUGAAUUUGUUGUUUUAAUUUUGAACCGACCUGGUGUGUUACUGGCAAGCAAUCCUAGUGGGUUGUGAAUCCUCAUGGAGGAAGGAAGAAAGGGGUGAAUUCAAAGCCGAAAACGGGAAAUAAAAUGGGUAACAGAUUGCAGAA